UUGCAAACAUUGGUGCGCAUCACCAAGUGACAUGCCAGAUUAACAAUCAACACUUGACUCAUUCGGCAUCUAACUGCCUCAAUUGAUGCUGUCACGCCUAUCACGAACCUCUCUCGCCCCUCGAGGUCAUUCAAUCAGACAAGCCGGACCGACGACCCGGGAGAUGGCGACUAGCUCUGGUCCCCUGCCCGCCUUACUGACACCCCUGGUCUCGAAGACCAGCCCAGACGUCAAGAUCCCAAGAAUCAUUUAUGGUACGGCAUGGAAGAAGGACCAAAGCUCCGCGCUUGUUCACAAGGCUCUGAAAGCCGGAUUCCGAGGGGUUGAUACCGCGGCUCAGCCUCGCCACUACAAUGAAGCUCUCGUCGGGGAUGGGAUCAGUAAAUCCAUAUCGAGCGAUGGGAUCAGAAGAGAGAACCUCUACAUCCAAACCAAGUUCACAUCCAUUUCCGGGCAGGACCCUAAAAACAUGCCCUAUGAUGCAUCUCAACCCUUAGAACAACAAAUCCACUCAUCAAUCGCCUCAUCACUCAGAAACUUAACUUUCCCAGGAUCAGGAGAGCCAUAUAUUGACUGUCUAGUUCUUCACUCACCGCUGCAAACAGUAGAAGAAACUCUUCAAGCCUGGAAAGUCUUUGAGUCUUAUGUUCCCUCCAAGAUCCGCACCUUAGGAAUCUCAAACACCACACUUGAUGUUCUGCAAGCCGUGUGCAAAGAAGGGACCAUCAAGCCUUCCGCGGUGCAGAACCGCUUUUAUCCUGCUACUCACUGGGAUGUCCCGCUUCGGGAAUUUUGCAGAGAGGAAGGGAUUGUGUUUCAAAGCUUUUGGACAUUGACUGGAAAUCCGGGGUUGAUGAAGAGUAAGGUUGUGAAGGAUAUGGGGGAGACGUUGAAAGAGGCAGGAAUAGGUGAUGAGAAACCUGUGGCGUUAUAUUCUUUGGUUUUGGGAUUGCAGGGGACGAGCGUGCUGAAUGGGACUACGAAUGAGGAGAGGAUGGCGAGUGAUUUGGCAGGGCUGCGAACUGUAGGGACAAUGAUUGAGGGUGUUUGGAAGGAGAAAUGGGAAGAGUGGUUAGAGGAGUUCAAGGAUUUGAUUGGAGAGCCUUGAAGCUGUUUGCGGGUGGAGUUUUCGGAUGUGGAGUUGCGGUUGGACUUGAGGGAAAGCUGCCUGCUGCGCAAGGAAUUCGAAUCUACGGCAUCGAGGGAUUGGAAAGACACGGUCUGAAAAUCAAUCAAAAGAAAAAGUUCCAUGCA